AUGACUGGGGACGUCGUUGGGAGUGUAUUUCCCGGUUCUGGUAAAGACUGCGAGGGGAGCUCCCGCGGGGACCCCGGGUCGUGGCGGGGUUGGGGCUUUCUGGCGCGGGCCGGCCGGGACUCGCGGUGCCCACGCUCCGCCCACCCGGACCGCGCGCCCGCCGCAGGUGUCGCGGGCGGGAGACGACGGGGGCCCGGCGCGAGGCUCGCCUCCCGGCCGCGCCGAGCGGGCUUCGCCGUGCCCGCGCCGAGCCCGCGCCGAGCCCCCCGCCGUGCCCCCCGCAGUGCCCCCCGCCGUGCCCCCCGCAGUGCCCCCCGCAGUACCCCCGUCGUGCCCCCGCCGUGCCCCCGCAGUACCCCCCGCAGUACCCCCGUCGUGCCCCCGCAGUGCCCCCCGCAGUACCCCCGUCGUGCCCCCGCAGUGCCCCCGCCGUGCCCCCCGCAGUGCCCCCGCCGUGCCCCCCGCAGUACCCCCGUCGUGCCCCCGCAGUGCCCCCGCCGUGCCCCCCGCCGAGCCUGCGCCGAGCCCCCCGCAGUGCCCGCGCCGAGCCCCCCGCAGUACCCCCGCCGUGCCCCCCGCAGUACCCCCGCCGUGCCCCCCGCAGUGCCCCCGCAGUGUCCCCGCAGUGCCCCCGCCGUGCCCCCCGCAGUACCCCCGCCAUGCCCCCCGCAGUGCCCCCGCAGUACCCCCGCAGUGCCCCCGCCGUGUCCCCCGCAGUGCCCCCGCAGUGUCCCCGCCAUGCCCCCCGCAGUGCCCCCGCAGUACCCCCGCAGUGCCCCCGCCGUGUCCCCACAGUGCCCCCGCCGUGCCCCCCGCCGUGCCCCCCGCAGUGCCCCCGCCGUGCCCCCGCAGUGUCCCCGCCAUGCCCCCCGCAGUGCCCCCGCAGUACCCCCGCAGUGCCCCCGUCGUGUCCCCACAGUGCCCCCGCCGUGCCCCCCGCCGUGCCCCCCGCAGUACCCCCCGCCGUGUCCCCGCCGUGUCCCCCGCAGUGCCCCCGCCGUGCCCCCCGCAGUGCCCCCGCCGUGCCCCCGCAGUGCCCCCGCCGUGCCCCCCGCCGUGUCCCCACAGUGCCCCCGCCGUGCCCCCCGCCGUGCCCCCGCAGUGCCCCCGCCGUGCCCCCGCAGUGCCCCCGCCGUGCCCCCGCAGUGCCCCCGCCGUGUCCCCACAGUGCCCCCGCCGUGCCCCCCGCAGUGCCCCCGCCGUGUCCCCCGCAGUGCCCCCGCCGAGCCCCCCGCAGUACCCCCGCCGUGUCCCCACAGUGCCCCCGCCGUGUCCCCGCCGUGUCCCCGCAGUGCCCCGCAGUGCCCCCGCAGUGCCCCCCGCCGUGCCCCCCGCCGUGUCCCCGCAGUGCCCCCCGCCGUGCCCCCCGCAGUGCCCCCGCCGUGUCCCCGCAGUGCCCCGCAGUGCCCCCCGCCGUGCCCCCCGCCGUGUCCCCGCAGUGCCCCCGCCGUGUCCCCGCAGUGCCCCGCAGUGCCCCCCGCCGUGCCCCCCGCCGUGUCCCCGCAGUGCCCCGCAGUGCCCCCCGCCGUGUCCCCGCAGUGCCCCCCGCCGUGUCCCCGCAGUGCCCCCCGCCGUGCCCCCGCCGUGUCCCCGCAGUGCCCCGCAGUGCCCCCCGCCAUGGCCCCGCAGUGCCCCCGCCAUGCCCCCGCAGUGCCCCCGCAGUGCCCCCCCGCCGUGUCCCCGCAGUGCCCCCCGCCGUGUCCCCGCAGUACCCCCGCCGUGCCCCCCGCAGUGCCCCCGCCGUGUCCCCGCAGUGCCCCGCAGUGCCCCCGCCAUGUCCCCGCAGUGCCCCCCGCCGUGCCCCCGCAGUGCCCCCCGCAGUGCCCCCCGCAGUGCCCCCGCCGUGUCCCCGCAGUACCCCCGCAGUGCCCCCGCCGUGCCCGCGCCGUGCCGGGCCCGAGUCUUCCCGCCUCCCGCCCGACCCGCGAACCCGGUGAAUGCUCAUGGGCGCGGCUAUCCCGGGAGACACUGCGGAGGUGUCUGAAGAAGGUAAAAUGGGGCCACACGGCCCGGCCACUGUACCCAGAGCACAAGAAACCACCUGCAGCCGUCCGCACUAUCAGGCCCCUGGCCGUGUUCAUCGAAGACAAGACAAGAAACCAAACGAAGGACUGA